GGUAAGGAGGUCCCUGUGCCAUGGCGCGUACCAAGCAGACUGCCUGUAAAUCCUCCAGUGGGAAAGCGCCCAGGAAACAACUGGCUCCAAAAGCCACUCGUGAGAGUGCGCCCUCUGCUGGAGGGGUGAAGAGACCUCAUCGUUACAGGCCCGGGACUGCGGUGCUCCGGCAAAUCAGACGUUAUCGGAAGUCCACUGAACUUCUGAUUCGCAAUCUUCCUCUCCAGCGUCUGGUUGGAGAAACUGCUCAGGGCUUCAAAACAGAUCUGCGCUUCCAGAGCGCAGCGAUCGGUGCUCUGCGGGAGGCAAGUGAGGCCUUUCUGGUCGGCCUGUUUGAAGAUUCCAACUUGUGUGCCAUCCACGCCAAACGUGUAACAAUUACGCCAAAAGGUAUCCAACUAGCACGCCGCAUAUAUGGAGAAUGUGAGUAA